UUCGGCAGAAGAGCAGUUUCACUGGCAAUCGCAAGAUGGUCAAAAAGAUAUCGAAGAUGAGCUUACAACAGGUCUUGAGCUGGUGGACUCCUGUAUUCGAUCCCUGCAGGAGUCAGGAAUCCUUGAUCCUCAGGACUAUGUCACAAGUGAAAGGCCCAGCCUGCUCUCCCAGAGUGCACUUCAGCUCAAUUCCAAACCUGAAGGGUCUUUCCAGUAUCCGGCCAGCUACCAUAGCAACCAGACCCUGGCCCUGGGUGACACAGCCCCUUCGCAGCUCCCAGGUCGCAGCACUCAGGCCAGAGCUGCAGGCCAGAGCUUCAGUCAGGGCACGACGAGCCGCGCCGGCCACCUGGCGGGGCCGGAGGCCGCGCCACCGCCGCCACCGCCGCGGGAGCCGUUCGCGCCCAGCCUGGGCAGCGCCUUCCACCUGCCGGACGCGCCGCCCGCCGCCGCCGCCGCCGCCGCGCUCUACUACUCCAGCUCCACGCUGCCCGCGCCGCCGCGCGGGGGCUCCCCGCUGACCGCACCGCAGGGCGGCUCGCCCACCAAGCUGCAGCGCGGGGGCUCGGCCCCCGAGGGCGCCGCCUACGCCGCGCCGCGCGGCUCCUCGCCCAAGCAGUCGCCCAGCCGCCUGGCCAAGUCCUACAGCACCAGCUCGCCCAUCAACAUCGUCGUGUCCUCGGCCGGCCUGUCCCCGAUCCGCGUGACCUCGCCCCCCACCGUGCAGUCCACCAUCUCCUCCUCGCCCAUCCACCAGCUGAGCUCCACCAUCGGCACCUACGCCACCCUGUCGCCCACCAAGCGCCUGGUCCACGCGUCCGAGCAGUACAGCAAGCACUCGCAAGAGCUGUAUGCCACGGCUACCCUCCAGAGGCCGGGCAGCCUGGCAGCUGGGUCCCGAGCCUCGUACAGCAGCCAGCAUGGACACCUGGGCCCUGAGCUGCGGGCCCUCCAGUCCCCAGAACACCACAUAGACCCCAUCUAUGAAGACCGCGUCUAUCAGAAACCCCCUAUGAGGAGUCUCAGCCAGAGCCAGGGGGACCCUCUGCCGCCAGCACACACCGGCACCUACCGCACGAGCACAGCCCCAUCUUCCCCUGGUGUCGACUCCGUCCCCUUGCAGCGCACAGGCAGCCAACAUGGGCCACAGAACGCCGCUGCAGCCACCUUCCAGAGGGCCAGCUAUGCAGCUGGCCCAGCCUCCAACUACGCGGACCCCUACCGACAGCUGCAGUAUUGUCCCUCUGUUGAGUCUCCAUACAGCAAAUCCGGUCCUGCCCUCCCACCCGAAGGCACCUUGGCCAGGUCCCCAUCCAUUGACAGCAUUCAGAAAGAUCCCAGAAUGUAA